GUGUGUGUGUGUGUGUGUGUUACCAGAGAUUGAACCCAGAGCCCUCACACUGAGGUACAUACCCAGAUGUUUUUUCACUUUCCCUUUGGAGGCAGGAUUUCAUUGAGUUGCCCGGGUUAGGCUUGAACUUGCAAUCUACUGGCCCCCCAUCUCAGAGUGCUGAGAUUAUAGGUGUGCACCACCAUGCCUAGCAUUUUUGACUCUUUUAAAGAAUUUUUGCUUGCAAAUUUUCUUGACCUGGAACCUUUAGGUUUUCUGGAAACUGGGAAAGAAGAGUUGAAAGGACUCCAUUGAUCAUCUGCCAAAGAUAUACUAAUAAGAAUAAUAAGAAUAAGAAUAAUAACAACUUCAUACUGAACACAUCAUGUGCUUUGGAAACCCUGAUUGGAUGGUGGCUUACCAGCCUACAUGCUACUUCAGUCCUCUGUGCGGGGAAGGGGGAGAGGAGAACACUGACUGCUUCCUGGAGCCCAGGAGCCACGGGAUAAGCAAGGUGUUGGCCACACUGAGCAAGCCAGGGGCAGCUUAGGGGCCUUUUUGUUCCUGCUGACUUCUUCCUGCAAAUACAUGCGCGCCACCCGCCGAGCAAGGCAAGCUGUGCCAUUGCUGUCAGCGUUCCCCGGCGCACUGUCUGCUGCUGGUGGUCUGCUCCCUUGCUGCUGUCCGACAGCUAGCGCUGGGAGGCUUCAUCCUGCCGGUCGCAUUCCCGGCUGCAUUCGCUGUCCCCUCAUCCGAAGAAGUCAGUCUGUCAAGGUGCCAAGCUCUCCUGAUGAAAUGUGCUCUGCCCCCCUGGGCUCUGGGGGCAGCGUGUGGUGCUGUUGAUGCCCUUACUCGAACUUUGCAGAAUGGAUAGUCCUCCGAAGCUGGCUGGGGAGACCCUCAUCGUCCACCACAUCCCGCUGGUGCACUGCCAGGUCCCAGACAGGCAGUGCUGUGCGGGCGCGAGUGGAGGCGGUGGGAGCGCGAGACCCAAGCCCUUCCGCCCAGCCGAGCUGGGUGUCGCCCAGCCUGGACCAGACCUGGGACAAGCGGACUCCCUGCUCUACCGCAGUCUGCACUCUGCUCCAGGGGCGUCUCCGCGGCCCGCAGACAGCACCAGGAGUAGAGGCCGGGAGGGCAGAGGCCCCGGGGCCCCCAGACACAACCCGUUCUUGCUGCAGGAGGGCCUGGGUGAGCCGGGCCUGGGUGACCUGUACGAGGACAGCGUCAGGGACAGUGCCACGCAGCAGUCCUUCCGCCUGCAUGGCACCGGCCAGCCCGCCUUCCACCUGUCUUCUUUCCAGCUGCCGCCGUCCGGGCCGAGAGUGGGCAAGCCGUGGGUGGCCGCACGCGGUCGAGCUGGAGUGGCGGAGGGGCAGGAGCAGGACCCAGUGACAGCCUUGGGUACCCAGCAGCACGGCACUGGCCACUGCUGCGGGCCAGAGCUAGAAGCAGAGACUAUGGAGCUGGAUGAGUGUGGGGGGCCCGGUGGCAGCGGCAGUGGAGGGGCGGCCAGUGAUACCUCUGGCUUCUCCUUUGACCAGGAGUGGAAGCUCAGCUCCGAUGAAUCCCCGAGGAACCCGGAACGCCCCGGCUUGGGAGCUCAGCACUGCCGCUGCAGUAGCACGUCCAGUCAGUCUGAGGCGGCUGACCAGUCCAUGGGCUACGUCAGUGACUCCUCCUGCAACAGCUCGGAUGGUGUGCUAGUCACCUUCAGCACGCUGUACAACAAGAUGCACGGCGGUUCCCGCGCCAACCUCAACUCUGCCCCCCGGUCUUGCAGCGACUCCUCCUUCUGCAGCCACUCAGACCCUGGCGCCUUCUACCUGGACCUGCAGCCCUCCCCCGCAGAGUCGAAGAUGUCUUGCGAGUCCCACCACCCUGAAAGUGGAGGAAGGGAAGGGGGCUGUGGUUGUCCUCAUGCCUCAUCUCCUGAGCUGGAUGCCAACUGCAACUCCUACCGCCCACACAGUGAGCCGUGCCCAGCUGUGGCUGACCUCACGGCGUGCUUCCAGAGCCAGGCCCGCCUUGUUGUGGCUGCACAAAAUUACUAUAGACUUGUCACCUGUGACCUGUCCUCUCAGUCGUCCCCGAGCCCAGCUGGCUCUUCCAUCACUAGCUGCUCUGAAGAGCACACCAAGAUAAGUCCCCCGCCAGGCUCGGAGCCAGACGCUGGCUCCAGUCAGCCGUCUGAGUAUUACCUCUUCCAGAAGCCAGAAAUCCAGCCUGAGGAACAAGAGGCAGUGGGCUUCUCAACAGAAGCAGCAGCCGUCGUGGGCCCCACUGUGCUCGAGGGGCAAGUCUACACCAAUACUUCACCCCCCAACCUCAGCACGGGACGCCAGCGCUCCCGCAGCUACGACCGCAGCCUUGAGCGCAGCCCCCCCGUCCGCCUGGGCUCCCUGGAACGCAUGCUGAGUUGCCCAGUGCGCUUGAGUGAGGGUCCUGCAGCCCUGGCUGGGCCUAGCUCCCCACCCAAGAGGGUCACCUCCUUUGCUGAGCUGGCCAAGUGCCGGAAAAAAGCUGCAGGCUCUGGCUCCCCUCCACUCCGGGUGAGCGUUGGGGACUCCUCCCAGGAGUUCUCACCCAUCCAAGAAGCCCAUCAAGAUGGGGUGGGUGCACUGGAUGAAGGCACUCGCUGCAGCCAUAGCCUACCACCCAUGCCCCUGGGGCCAGGCCUGGACCUGCUUGGCCCUGAACCAUGGUCCACCCAGGUCUGUCAGGGCCCUCAGUCCAGUGAGACGCCACCUGCCGGCCUCGCAGCCGCUGGGCAAGGCACCCUGGCACAGCUGAUGGAUCCAGGGCCUGCUCUCCCAGGGAGCCCAGCCAACAGCCAUACCCCGAGGGACGCACGAGCUAGAGCUGACGCAGGACCCCUUUUCCUUGACGGAGAAGCCUCCGGCCGAGUUCUGUCUGUCCCCAGAUGGCAGCUCAGACGCUGUUUCCAUUGACCUGCUUCAAAAAAGAGGACUGGUGAAAGCUGUCAAUACUGCCGUGGACCUCAUUGUGGCCCAUUUUGGCACAAGCCGAGAUCCCGGGGUAAAGGCAAAGCUGGGAAACAGUUCUGUGAGCCCCAACGUCGGCCACCUUGUCCUCAAGUACCUGUGCCCUGCAGUCCAGGCCUUGCUAGAGGACGGGCUCAAGGCCUUCGUGCUAGACGUCAUCGUGGGGCAGCGCAAGAACAUGCCGUGGAGUGUGGUUGAAGCUUCCACUCAGCUGGGCCCAUCCACCAAGGUCCUGCACGGCCUGUACAACAAAGUGAGCCAGUUCCCGGAGCUCAGCAGCAGCACCAUGCGCUUCAACGCCUUCAUCCUCGGCCUGCUCAACAUCCGGUCCUUGGAGUUCUGGUUUAAUCACCUGUUUAACCACGAAGACAUCAUCCAGACCCACUACCAGCCCUGGGGCUUCCUGAGCGCCGCUCACACCGUGUGCCCUGGCCUCUUCGAGGAGCUGCUGCUGCUGCUGCAGCCCCUGGCCCUGCUGCCCUUCAGCCUUGACUUGCUGUUCCAGCACCGGCUGCUGCAAAGUGGGCAGCAGCAGCGGCAGCACAAGGAGCUCCUGCGGGUGUCCCAGGACCUGCUGCUGUCUGCCCACUCGACUCUGCAGCUGGCCCGGGCCCGGGGCCAGGGUGGCCCUGGAGACGCGGACGGGACAGCUCAAGGGGAGCGGGUGAAGGGUGUGGGCGCCCCGGAGGGGGGAGAAGAGGAAGAGGAAGAGUCAGAAGAGGUGGCAGAGCCAGCUGGGGGCUCAGGGCACGGCAGGUGGGCUCGCAGCGGACAGGCUGGCUGGUGGUAUCAGCUCAUGCAGAGCUCCCAGGUCUACAUCGAUGGCUCCACAGAAGCUUCUAGGUUCCCUAGAAGCAGCAGCGGCAGCAAUGGCAGUGAGAAAAAGAAAGGGACGGGAGGCGGGGGGCCUCCCCCGGCUCCACCCCCACGGGAGGGAGUCGUGGAGGGGGCCGAGGCCUGCCCGGCCCCUGAGGAGGCCCUUGGCCGGGAGAGGGGCUGGCCCUUCUGGAUGGGGAGCCCUCCGGACUCUGUGCUGGCCGAGCUGAGGCGCAGCCGUGAGCGGGAGGGGCCUGCGGCCCUGCCGGCAGACGGUGAGGAAGGGACCUGUGAGCCUGCGCCUGGGGGCAUCAGGUGGGGACACCUCUUCGGUUCCCGAAAAGCCCAGCGGGAAGCCCGGCCCACGAGCAGGCUGCCCUCAGACUGGCUCAGUUUGGACAGGUCCGUGUUCCAGCUGGUGGCGCAGACGGUGGGUGCCCGGCGGGAGCCGGAGCCCAGGGACAGCCCGCAGGAGCCGCGCGCCGCAGCCCCGCCCUCCCAGCCUCCGUGCGAGGUGCAGGCGCUGUGCCAUCAUCUGGCCACGGGCCCUGGACAGCUGAGCUUCCGCAAGGGGGACGCCCUCCGGGUGCUGGGGCCGGCCGGGGCCGACUGGCUGCGCUGCAGCCGUGGCCCUGACACUGGCUUGGUGCCUCUGGCCUAUGUGACGUUGACCCCAACUCCAAGUCCAACUGCUGGAAGCAGCCAAAACUGAGGCCCCGUGCAUGCCGAUGGCCUCAGGGGCCCUCGUGACCCCCGGACUCAGAGCCUGAGAGCCCUCCCCAAGCCCUCUGGCUUGGCUCCGUAAAGCUGAGAGCUGGGGCCACGUGUCCCUGUGCUCAGUAUUAAUUGCCCCCUUUAACUGUCCCAGUGACUAUGUCCAGACCUCCGCCCAGAAAGGCGGGAAGGGAUGUAGCGCUGGGCUGCCAGGAUUUCCUCCGCCCAUCCGGGCCAACCCUUCCGUGGAUGUAGACAAACAAGUCCCCACAGAGGGAGGUGGCCAAGAAAGCCAUUCGAACGAGGACGGACAAAAUGCAGUGAGGAUGGGUAACAGUAUUGGGGCCAGACCUCUCCGCCCCCCAAACUGUAAAUAGGCUGUGACCAGUGCCUGGUCAUCAGAAGAGGGAGAAGGAGCCCCGGCUUCUGUUUAUGUAUUUAUUUAUUUAUUUAUUACACCUAUUAAUAAAAAAGGUGCUCAGCCUCCAAA